CUUAUUAUUAUCAUUGGCCCCUUCUACUCCACUAUACCAACCGAAAACAUAACCAGAGCUACUCUUCUUACCCCAGCCUCUUAUAUCAUCGCUUUUCUCGUACAACAUACGCCAUGUCAACUGAAUCGUGGCCUCCUCAGCUAAAGGAAUGGGUAGCAAAAUGUUUGGGCCAGAUGUCCGAUUCCAAUAGACCAGAAGCGCAGGCGGAACUAAGACAGGUAAUUGCUGACGCUUUCACCGCAAAGACCCUCUGGACGACAGACUGGACUGCCAUUCAACUGCAAAGCCUAGCGCCCAAACCCGCUUUGAAACGCAAGAUAAAUGAUAGUCCUGUGAUGAACAAGAAGAGCAAGAAAAACGCUAUGAAAAAUGCAGCUUCACAUGUCACGGAUAUGAAUGAUCAAGCAGCUCUUAAUCGCAGGGCACAACGUUUUCAGAGAGAACAUGAGAUCGAGAGGCAGAAAUCCUUCCGCGGUAAUGGCAGUCAGCUAUCAGUCACGGCGAAUCCUCAGAAUGCUCACUUGUUCAAUCGGAUACAUGCACGUUCGAUGUCACCCUCUCCUUAUGGAGGGAACCCCGAUGAUCCGGAGGCUGAUCCUAAUGUCCCCAAUUGGGACAAGUUUACUAUCGUUGGAACAAGUCAAGAACUCUUCAAGGAUUAUCUACGGCUCACUUCAGAACCCAGACCGGAAACUAUUCGCCCAUAUCACGUUCUAGUGCGAACACUCGUUGAACUGAAACAACGCUGGAAGGAUAAAGCAUCCUACGAAUGGAUAUGUAAUCAAUUCAAGAGUCUUCGACAAGAUCUCACAGUACAACGAAUAAAAAAUGAAUUCACAGUGCAAGUAUAUGAAAUACAUGCACGCAUGGCUUUGGAGAGUAUCGAUAUGCGAGAGUACAGUCAAUGUCAAGCAGCUUUGAAGAUACUUUAUGAAUUAGGCAUUCCCGGCAAAGUGGAAGAGUUCACGGCCUAUCGCAUAUUGAUGCUGUUACAUGGCCGCAAUAAAAGUGAAUUGAAUCUUUUCGUAGGUCAACUAACCCCCAGGCAGAAAGUGGAUCCGGCAGUGCAGCAUGCCCUUCAAGUGCAACGUGCACUAUCGAUGGGCAACUACCAUGCUUUUUUUGAAAAGUACUUGAAUGCUCCAAAUAUGGGCGCGUAUAUUAUGGAUCAUUUCAUAGACAGAGAGAGAGUAAAAGCUCUCAUGGUUAUCACCAAAGCAUAUAAAACGAUACCUCUCUCAUUCAUUCAAAACCAAUUGGCAUUCGAAACGUUAACUGAAGCUCGUAAAUUCUUGUCCGAUCACCAAGCUGCGUUCUUCACGGACCCAAGCAGACCCGAUCGUGAUAAAAUUCUAGACUGCAAACCUCCCUCUACACUCUUACCACAAGUGCUCGAGGAGAAAUACCGAAAGAUAUCCAUCAAGGGUGCUGUAUAGUGAUCCAUUUUUCCUGCGUCGUUUUUUCGAUCUACUUUUCCUUCUGCCAUCUCUGGUCUGCCCAUCCACUGGUAAUCUCUUCGCUUGAUCCGCUUCGUAUUGGCUUCCCAAGAGAUGCUGAACAAAGGAAUCGUGUGUGGGUUUUACUCCUGCCGCGUACACGGCUCACAUUCGGGUGUUCUUGUGCCGGUCCAACACAAUCUGGUAUUAUGUCCAUUCUUGUUUUGAACUGCAUUGAAGAACUGGCUGUGAGUCUGGAGGCCAGGUUCGAGAGGGGGGGGGGUGGAUUUGGUAAGGCGUAUCUUGUAAUGAUUUUUUUUCGAUAGUCGGAAAUACUAUUUACUUUUUGAAUGUC